AUGGGAAAGGGUAAAAAUCGCAUUGUAAAACUUCGCCGACGAGACAAGCCUCCGAAAGAGCGCAAUGUGGAGGACGAAGAAGACGACGAGGAGGAAGCGGAAGACGAGUCGGCUUCGGAGCCAGGAAGCGAUGAAGAUGCAUCUGAAUCCGAAGAAGAAACCCGUUUUGAAUUCCCGUUCCGAUUGGCCAUGUACGAUUUCAACCAGUGUGACCCGAAAAGAUGCUCCGGCAGGAAGCUACUUCGUGCCGAUUUGAUUACUGAGGUUAAGCUUGGCCAACGCUUUCCGGGAUUAGUACUCAGUCCCACGGGUACGUAUACUUUGGCUCCCAGAGACCGUCCAUUUGUCGAGCAGAAUGGAUUGUGUGUAGUCGACUGCUCGUGGAAAGAAGUUGAACGAACGCCGCUUCAUAGGUUCUCAUUUUACAUACUUUCUUGACAAACUUCUUCUUUUUUUCCAGAGUGAAAGCUCCAGAGCAUCGUCUGCUUCCGUAUUUAGUUGCUGCUAAUUCUGUGAACUAUGGAAAACCAUGUCAUUUGACGUGUGCUGAAGCUAUGGCCGCCGGAUUAUAUAUUCUCGGAUUCCAAGAAGCGGCCAGCCAGUUGAUGAAACCAUUCUCGUGGGGCUCACAUUUCAUUGAGCUGAACAAAGAGCUGCUGGAUUUAUAUGCAGCAUGUCAUACUCCGGAAGACGUCAUCAAAGCGCAAAAUGAAUAUUUGGAAAGAAUUGAUAGAGAACGCAAAGAACACUCUAGAGAUAUCGACUUGCCUCCUAGCGAGAGUGAUGAGGAGGAGGAGGACGAAGAGUAG